AUGAGCCAAAGUCGUGUUUUCAUUGGCCACCUCUCUUCGCGGGCUUCGGAACGUGACGUCGAGCACUUCUUUCGUGGAUAUGGACGCAUCAGGGACAUCGUGCUCAAGAAUGGCUUUGGAUUUGUGCAAUUCGAUGAUGAUCGCGAUGCGGACGAUGCCAUCUACGAGCUGAAUGGAAAGGAUUUGGCUGGUGAACGUGUCAUUCUCGAGUUCUCUCGUCGUGGUCCAAGAGAACGUGAUCGUGGAUAUGGUGAUCGAGACCGCUCGGGAGGUCGUCAUGGUGGACGCGACAGUGGGCGAGAUCAUGGCCGAGGUGGACGUCAAGGGGGCAGGUUUGGACCACCGACGCAAACAAGACAUCGAAUGCUGGUGGAAAAUUUGUCGACUGGAUCAGAGGGGAUUCAUGCAAUUCGGUCUCUCGCCUCGUGUGAUGAGGAUUCAAAAAUUUUGCUCGUGUUUUUUGUUCGUUCGUUUUCUGAGGGGGGUGGCCUUCAGCUGGCAGGCGGUUACCAAACGGAUCUCAAGGAUAUGAUGCGCAAUGCUGGCGAGGUUACCUAUGCGGAUGCUCACAAGACUCGUCGCAACGAAGCGAUUGUUUGCUUUGCAUCGCGGGAUGACUUACUUCGAGCCAUUGAGAAAUAUCAAGGAAAGGAUCUUAAUGGCCGUGAAAUCAAACUCAUUGAUGACUCGGAGAAACGUAGCCGAAGCCGCUCAAAGUCAAAGAGCCGCUCUCGUUCACGCUCACGCAGUCCAAGGUCAGCUUCUCGUAGUGGCUCGCGCAGCCGCAGCCGCUCUCGUUCCAAGUCGGAUAGCCGUGAUCGCAAGUCUCGCAGCCGUUCUGGUUCGCCUGCAAAGAAAGAAAAGGAAGAAAGCCGCUCGCGCUCCCGAUCUCAUUCGCGCGAU